CUCUCUCUCUCAGUCUAGAGUCGAUCUACAUUCUCUGAAGCAAAGCAAUGAUGACGGAGGAGAGAGAGGAUAUGUUGUCGUGGCCUCUGAUCGGGGAGAAAAAGGAGAGAGGUAGAUUAGUAAAGGAGGAAGUGAAGAAACAGCUACUGUUGUCUGGGCCUUUAAUCGCAGUGAGUCUUCUUCAGUUUUGUCUGCAAAUAAUCUCAGUCAUGUUCGUCGGACAUCUUGGCUCUCUUCCUCUUUCUGCCGCCUCCAUUGCCACCUCCUUCGCCUCAGUCACCGGCUUCACCUUCCUUAUGGGAACAUCAAGUGCGUUGGACACAGUUUGUGGUCAAUCGUACGGGGCAAAAAUGUACGGAAUGUUAGGCAUACAGAUGCAAAGAGCAAUGCUUGUUCUUACUCUUUUCUCUAUUCCUCUCUCCAUCGUUUGGGCCAACACAGAGCACUUCCUUGUCUUCUUCGGCCAAGACAAGUCCAUUGCACACCUCUCUGGCUCCUACGCCAGAUUCAUGAUCCCUAGCAUCUUCGCCUACGGUCUUCUUCAAUGUCUCAACAGGUUUUUGCAGGCGCAGAACAAUGUGUUUCCUGUGGUGGUUUGUUCUGGAGUCACCACUUCUCUUCACGUGAUCAUCUGUUGGGCCUUGGUGUUAAAGUCUGGUUUAGGGUUUAGAGGAGCUGCUGUGGCGAAUGCGAUCUCCUACUGGCUUAAUGUCAUUCUCUUGUCGUGUUACGUCAAGUUUUCGUCUUCUUGCUCAUUGACCUGGACUGGUUUCUCUAAGGAGGCUCAGCACGAUAUCAUCCCUUUUAUGAAGCUAGCUAUUCCUUCUGCAAUUAUGGUUUGCUUAGAGAUGUGGUCCUUUGAGCUUUUGGUUCUCUCGUCAGGACUUCUUCCGAACCCGGUUCUAGAAACUUCUGUCCUCGCAAUCUGCCUUAAUACAUCAGGAACAGUCUGGAUGAUCCCGUUUGGCCUCAGUGGCGCCGCAAGCACAAGGGUGUCAAAUGAGUUAGGAGCAAGAAAUCCGAAAGGAGCUAAGCUUGCGGUUCGCGUGGUCCUGAGCUUUUCCAUCGUAGAGAGUAUACUAGUUGGAUCGGUUUUGAUACUAAUAAGGAAGAUCUGGGGAUUCGCUUACAGUAGUGACCCCGAAGUAGCCAGAUAUGUAGCCUCGAUGUUGCCGAUUCUUGCCUUAGGUCACUGCCUAGACAGCUUCCAAAGCGUUCUUUCAGGGGUUGCUAGAGGAUGUGGAUGGCAGAAGCUAGGCGCUUUUGUGAAUCUUGGAGCAUACUAUCUUGUCGGAGUUCCGUUCGGUUUGUUACUUGGUUUUCACUUUCACGUCGGUGGUCGGGUCAAGAAAGCUACAAGCCGAGUUGAGUCUUCUUCAGAUGUGAAUGAAAUUGCAGCAGACAACGGGUCAAUUCUAAUUAGUUCAAGCCGUUGCUUCAAUUCACGAGCCCAAUCCUAUGAUCUCAUCACAAAGACGAUCACUUCUUCUCUGCAAGACGUUUUAACACGACCCACUUGGCAAAAUCGAAGCUUUGUUCAAUGCAGAAGAGUUUCCUCCCAUGCUCAGAUGGCUUAUGAUCAUCAAUCUGUGACGAUUGAGAAAUUUGAUGCUUUGUGUGAAGAAGUGAAGAUAAGAGAAGCCUUGGAAGUUGUUGAUAUCUUGGAGGAUAAUGGAUAUGUAGUGGAUUUUCCCAGGAUUUUAGGGUUAGCUAAACUAUGUGGUGAAGUAGAGGCUUUGGAAGAAGCUAGGGUUGUUCAUGACUGUAUCACUCCUUUAGAUGCUAGAUCUUACCACACGGUAAUCGAAAUGUAUUCUGGUUGUGGAUCCACUGAUGAUGCUUUGAAGGUGUUCGACGAAAUGCCUGAGAGGAAUUCAGAGACUUGGUGCAUUAUGAUGAGGUGCUUAGCGAAGAACGGAGAAGGCGAACGCGCAAUUGAUAUGUUUACGAGUUUCAAAGAGGAAGGGAACAAACCCGACAAGGAGAUAUUCAAAGCGGUUUUCUUUGCGUGUGUUUCUCUAGGAGACAUUAACGAGGGAUUAUUGCAUUUUGACUCUAUGUACAGAGAUUAUGGUAUCAUUCCUAGUAUGGAAGACUAUGUGAAUGUAACCGAGAUGUUAGCAGCUUGUGGUCAUUUGGAUGAGGCAUUGGAGUUUGUUGAAAGAAUGACGCUGGAACCGAGUGUUGAAAUGUGGGAAACACUGAUGAAUCUUUGUUGGGUUCAUGGAGAUUUAGAGCGUGGGGAUAGGUUUGCCAAGUUAGUGAAGAAACUAGAUGCCUCAAGAAUGAACAAAGAGUCAAAUGCAGGUCUUGUAGCAGCAAAAGAAUCAGACUCUACAAAGGAGAAACUUAAGGAAAUGCGAUAUUGUCAGAUGAUGAGAGACGACCCAAAAUUGCGUAUCUGUCAGUUUAGAGCAGGAGAUACUUCACAUCGGAAGAAUGACGAAACCGUUGCUGCAUUGAGGAGUUUGAAAGUGCAAAUGUUAGAUAUGGGUUUUGUCCCUGCGACUCGGGUUUGUUUGGAAAAAGUCGAAGAAGAGGAAAAAGAGGAACAACUUCUUUUUAGAAGCAACAAGCUUGCCUUUGCUUACGCGCUCCUUCAUUCAAAUGCUCGGAAACCAUUUACUGUUACACAAGAUAUGCGAACCUGUAUUGAUGGCCACAAUACAUUUAAGAUGAUCUCACUGAUAACCGGCAGAGAACUGACACAGCGAGAUCAACGUAGAUUCCACCAUUACAGAAACGGGGUCUGCUCCUGCCGAGAUUACUGGUGAGCUCUAUGGUUCUUCAAAACCUACAUCUCCUCAACUUCAAAUGGUGAUUUUACUUAGCUUGUUAGAGAUUUUCUUCCUUAUUCUUUUAAUAAAUUUCUAGAAUAUGACUGAAUGUUUCUUUCCCAGAACGUUGGUAUAUAUCGGUUGGAAAAUAAAUUCAGGAUUAACAU